AUGGUACUUUCACCUUAUGUAUUAUCACCAAUCGUACUUUCACCUUCUGUGAUGAUUGCGCAAGUGCUAACGCCAUACGUCCUAUCACCAAAUGUGCUGACUCCUUAUGUGAUGUCACCGUUGAUUCUAUCUCCAUAUGUUCUCUCACCUGAUAUAUUGUCACCUACUCUGCUGAGCGGGUCAAUCUUAUCACCAUCAGUGUUGUCUCCAGCAGUGCUAAGCAACGCCACUUUGGGAGUGGAUUUUUUGUCGCCAACUUUUUUGUCAAGAUAG